AGAUUCGUCUGUUGAGGUUGCGGGAACGCUCACGUUGUAAGGGAUACUUUGCGUAAUAUUUUUCUUGGUUUUCCAGUGAAAGUAGAACGGUGAAUAUGACAGAACGUGGGUACAGUUUUUCUCUUACUACCUUCAGCCCAUCAGGAAAGCUGGUUCAGAUUGAAUAUGCCCUAGCAGCUGUAGCAGCAGGAGCCCCGUCUGUAGGGAUCAAAGCUUCAAAUGGAGUUGUUUUGGCUACAGAGAAAAAACAGAAGUCCAUACUUUAUGAUGAACAAAGUGUACAUAAGGUGGAGCCCAUAACCAAGCAUGUCGGUAUGGUUUACAGUGGAAUGGGACCAGAUUAUAGGGUGUUGGUGAGGAGGGCCAGAAAGUUAGCACAGCAGUACUUUCUGGUUUACCAGGAGCCUAUUCCUACAGCUCAACUAGUACAGAGAGUUGCCUCCGUGAUGCAGGAGUACACACAGUCUGGAGGUGUACGUCCCUUUGGAGUAUCAUUGCUGAUUGCAGGUUGGGAUGAAGGAAGACCCUAUUUGUUUCAGUCUGAUCCAUCUGGUGCCUACUUUGCGUGGAAAGCUACAGCUAUGGGAAAGAACUAUGUCAAUGGAAAAACUUUCUUGGAAAAAAGAUAUAAUGAAGACUUAGAACUUGAAGAUGCCAUACACACAGCUAUUCUUACACUAAAGGAGAGUUUUGAAGGGCAAAUGACAGAAGACAACAUAGAAGUUGGCAUCUGUAAUGAAGCUGGAUUUAGAAGACUCACUCCAGCUGAAGUUAAAGAUUAUUUAUCUGCAAUUGCAUAACAUUACAUGUUACACAAGGAGGACGAUUCUUUUUUUUUUUUGAAGUUUGCAACAGAAAUAAAACUUAAAAAAUCUUGUUUUCUUA